UCUCUGGCGGCGGCCGUAACUCUGCGCCCGCCCUCCUGAUGGCGGCGCGCUGGCCUGGGCCAUCCGACGUGGUAGUUGGGAGGCCUGCAGGGCUCGGUGCGGACCGCGAGGAGACCGUCGAGGCCGGGGUCCUUGGGCACGGCCCCCUCCUCCCCGAGCCCCGGAUCCUGCAGUCCUUGCCCCUGGAGCGCUCUGCGAAGGCGAGGGGCAGGCGCUCCCCCCGGGGCACGCUCUGAACCUCUCUGCCCUCGCUUUCCACAUCAUGGGGACGGCCGUGAAAUAGGUUGUCUUGAGGGUGAAAUGAAUAUGUUACCCUUGCAAUGGUGUCCGGGCAGAGCCGAGCGCCCGGGCAAGUUGACAGCUUCGCGAUUUGCUUAGCGUACCCCCAAAUUACCCACUUCUCCAUGGCAGUCUCCUUAAGCACCCGGUACCCCAGCUCCUGCGGAAGCGUCUUUAUUGCCACGUGCUCACAGAGUUGUACGGAAUAUACUCAUUUCAAAAGGUUAAACUGGCCAAGGCACUCCUCUUGCUAAAACACCGAGUGAGAGUCCCAUUGUUUUAAGAAUAAAAUUUGGCUUUUGACAGCCUUACCUCACUUCUCCCAUCCCUUUCUUUCUGGACCAUGCCUAUAUUAAGAAGUAUAAUGUCCCAGGAGAGCAGCUAUGGGAGGUGGACUAUAUCCAGUAGUGACGAAAGCGAGGAUGAAAAGUCCAAACCUGACAAGCCGUCCACAUCCCGUCUCCCCCAGGCAGGGCAGGGGGCAGUGAAGGAGCCCACGUACACCUGCUCAGAGGCCCGCAAGGCUGCGCACAAGAGACAGCUCUCACCUGUGAAAUUCAGCAACACAGACUCAGUGUUACCGCCCAAAAAGCUGAAGAGCGAUUCCACAGAAGGUCUCGGCUGGUGUCUGUCCAGCAGCGACGAUGAACAGCAGCCAGAGACACAGCAGGAACAGCCUAAGCACAUGGUGGUUCAAGAGAAAAAACGUGACUCCUCGCCCAACAUGACUACUGCCCAGAAAGCUGUAGAUCGCAGCCCUCCUGCCAGCCAUAGGCCUCAAAGGGCAGACGAUGAGUACGAGACCUCAGGGGAAGGCCAGGACAUCUGGGACAUGCUGGAUAAAGGGAACCCCUUCCAAUUUUACCUCACUCGAGUCUCAGGGAUUAAGGCCAAGUACAACUCCAAAGCCCUCCACAUCAAGGAUAUUUUAUCCCCUCUGUUUGGGACCCUUGUCUCUUCAGCUCAGUUUAACUACUGCUUUGAUGUGGACUGGCUCGUAAAGCAGUAUCCCCCAGAAUUCAGGAAGAAACCCAUCCUGCUUGUGCACGGCGAUAAGAGAGAAGCCAAGGCGCACUUGCACGCCCAGGCAAAACCCUACACGAAUGUUUCCCUGUGCCAGGCAAAAUUGGAUAUUGCAUUUGGAACACACCACACGAAAAUGAUGCUCUUGCUCUAUGAAGAAGGCCUCCGAGUCGUCAUCCACACCUCCAACCUCAUCCGGGAAGACUGGCACCAGAAAACCCAAGGAAUAUGGUUGAGCCCUUUAUACCCACGAGUUGACCAGGGAAACCACACAUCUGGAGAGUCAAGCACCCAUUUUAAAGCUGACCUCAUCAGUUAUUUGACGGCGUACAAUGAUCCUUCUCUCCAGGAGUGGAUAGACACCAUCCAAGAGCAUGAUCUCUCUGAAACCAAUGUUUACCUUAUUGGCUCAACCCCUGGACGCUUUCAAGGAAGUCACAAAGAUAACUGGGGACAUUUUAGGCUUAGGAAGCUUCUGCGGAUGCAUGCCCCAUCUGUACCUAAAGGCGAGUGCUGGCCCAUUGUGGGUCAGUUUUCAAGCAUUGGUUCCCUGGGGCCUGAUGAGUCCAAGUGGCUGUGCUCAGAGUUUAAAGAGAGCUUGCUGGCACUGGGAGAGGACGGCAGAACUCCAGGAAAAAGUACAGUUCCUCUUCAUCUGAUCUAUCCUUCUGUGGAAAAUGUGCGGACCAGCUUAGAAGGAUAUCCUGCUGGGGGCUCUCUUCCCUAUGGCAUCCAGACAGCUGAAAAACAGAAUUGGCUGCAUUCCUACUUUCACAAGUGGUCAGCAGAGACUUCUGGCCGAAGCAACGCCAUGCCACAUAUUAAGACGUACAUGAGGCUCUCAUCAGACUUCAGUAAACUGGCUUGGUUUCUUGUGACGAGCGCGAAUCUGUCCAAGGCCGCCUGGGGAGCACUGGAGAAGAACGGCACCCAGCUGAUGAUCCGCUCCUACGAGCUUGGGGUUCUUUUCCUCCCGUCGGCAUUUGGCCUGGACACCUUCAAAGUGAAGCAGAAAUUCUUCUCCAGCAGCUGUGAGCCAGUGGCCUCCUUUCCGGUGCCCUAUGACCUGCCCCCAGAGAUCUACGGGAGUAAAGAUCGGCCGUGGAUCUGGAACAUUCCUUAUGUCAAAGCACCCGAUACGCACGGGAACAUGUGGGUGCCUUCCUGAGACAAAGUACUGUGAAGUUUGAGUGUAAGACGAUGAAUGUUCCUGUUUGUACUGGUUGUUCACCUCCCUUUAAAUCUUAAUUUGCACCCAUACAAAACUCUUUGCAAAAGUCAGUCUCAGUUAUGUGUCUGAUGGUCAUUGUCAACAUCCUCCCUAAGAAAGAGAAGUGUUAUUUUCUUAAUUCACUUUUAUAUGUUCUUGAAAUCAAGCUAUUAAACUUCAUACUGUUUAAAAAUGUA